AUGAGACGUUUCACUCGAGCAACCUUGUAUUUAUCGCUGCUUGCUCAUCUAUCCAACGCUCAACCCCUUUCUCCACAAGAGUCGCCUAAACUGUGCGUGAAGAGCUGCGAGAAUUCCCUCAAGUCUGUGCGAUUCAACGAUGCCGAUCCGGCAGCAUCAGCCCGUCGACAGGCGUGCCAAAGCCGCCUCGCGUUAUCAUCAGAAUAUCUGUGUCUUGAUCUGAAUUGUGGAGCGAAGACGCGCGACUCGGCGUUGCAACAUCGCAAUGCUACUUGUUACGCCUCUUUUGGGAGCCCCAUCCCGGCAUUUAAAACAGAUUACACAGAUGAAGAAAUAGCCGGACUACUGAAAGUCGGUAAGAAUGAUACGUUUGACGCUGGAAACACAUCGCAAGAGGCGGUAAUCCCGUCACCUGAGUGGUUCACUUCCUGGUUCGAUACCUUGGAUGCCGUAGAAUAUGCCCGUCGACAUCAUUAUCUCUAUGGUAUCGGAGUAAUGGUAUUCUGGGUUGCGGUGGUAUUUGUAGGCCUCGCGUACAAGGUCCACCUUGCAAUCUCUCAGCUUUAUUGCAGACAGCACAACUUUGACAAUAUCGGAAUCUGGACGGAAACAGGGUCGUGGUUCAAGCGCAACAUCACCAUUCCCGCGACGUUUGGAUACAGAUGUGCCCAAAACGUGUGGUGGGCCACGAUUCCGCCGCGCAUCCAGACAUUCACAAUUACAAUGUUUCUUAUAAUGAACAUUGUGUUCUGUAUACAUGGUUAUAGAAUCAUUGAUGAAAACCUCUAUUUUGCCACACCAGCUAAACAGGUGUUGCGCUACGUGUCAGAUCGGACAGGAAUAGUAUCUUUUGCCAAUUUCCCAUUUAUUUGGCUGUUUGGAAUGAGAAACAACGUGGCCAUGUGGCUUACUGGCUGGGAUUUUGGAACAUACAACAACUUCCACCGAUGGUGUGCCCGAAUUUCCACCAUUGAAGCCGUUGUUCAUUCCAUUCUUUAUACAGUUCUUAUUUUUAUGAACGGAGGGUGGAAUUAUUACGCAUGGUGGUUUACCAUGUGGUUUUGGAACGCCGGUCAAAUGGCCACUAUUUUUAUGUGUGCGUUAUUAAUACUUUCCGUCUAUUGGAUACGACGUCGCUUCUAUGAAGCAUUUCUCAUCAUACAUAUCGGACUCUCUAUUCUUAUCCUCUUAACAAUGCUCGGACAUGUUUCAAUAUUUAACGGAGAAUACGACGCCUUGUUUUGGGUCCCUGCAUUCAUUUGGGUUUUUGAUCGGGUAAUGAGGCUCCUACGAAUCAUCAUAUACAAUCCUGGACGUUGGUCAACUACUGCACUGGCCAGCUACAGCGACUCCGCAAACAUCAUCCGUCUGACGAUUCCCACCGAUGAUUCUCUCUACAAGAUUCGACCCGGCAAUUAUUUCUAUUUGACAGUCUUGAACGACACGCGAUUUUGGGAGAGCCAUCCAUUUACUGUUGCCUCGACCUCGGCCGAGCUUUCACAGGCAUCGGAAUACUCAGACGAAGAAGAGCCGCUUUUGACUUCACCGACGAUUGCCACAGAGAUCGAACUCGAGCGCCUGACCUCUGAAUCAAAGAAACAAUACAUGACAUUCCUUAUUAGGCCAUACGAUGGCUUCACUGAGCGUCUCAGAGAUAUGUUGGCUAAUGAACAGUCGAGCUCGAAGCCUCUUAGGGUACUGGUAGACGGACCGUAUGGCCAUACACAACAGCUUCAAGACUAUCGACAAGUUGUAUUCAUCGCUGGCGGAUCCGGAGUUGUCGUUGCUCUCUCAUACUUGAACUCUCUUUGCGACGGGAUGAAAGAGCCGAUCACAAUCGAGCUACACUGGGCUGUUCGUGAGCCUGCAUUUGUACGAGAUGUUGUUUCCAAAGAGGCCAAAAGAGCCCUUGAGACAGGCAUGUUAUCGCUGCAUCUCUACAUGUCUUCACACGUGAAUGACAUUAGCGGGAGCGAUUUACCAAGCACGGUUGAGCAACAUGUUGGUCGACCAAAUAUUCACUCAGUCGUCAUGUCGGCUGCGCGCGGUGCUCAGGGCAGUAAUUUGGCUAUUGUCGCAUGCGGGCCAGCUAAAAUGGCAGAUGACUCGAGGUUGGCAGUGGUUGAUGCAUUAAAGAAUGGGAAUCAUAAUAUAGAUUAUUAUGAGGAGAGCUUUACAUGGUAG